AUGGUCGCCACUGCAGAAGAAUUAUACAACUCAUUCCCCCAUACGCCAGCUCCAGAUGCAUUACCAGGGACUUUUGGUAAAUUAAAUGAAACACAAACUGCUGCUGUAAAAAAGUUGCGAGAAAUCUUGACUGAAAAGGGGUUCACUAAAAGAUUAGAUGAUUUGACUCUAUUAAGAUUUUUAAGAGCCAGAAAAUUUGAUGUCGGGCAAGCCCAAAUCAUGUUUGAAGAAUGUGAAAAGUGGAGAAAAUCAUUUGGCACAGAUACCAUAUUAGAAGAUUUCCAUUAUGAUGAAAAACCAUUAGUUGCCAAAUAUUAUCCACAAUACUAUCAUAAAACAGAUAAAGAUGGUCGUCCUGUUUAUAUUGAAGAAUUAGGUUCAGUCAAUUUAACAGAAAUGUACAAGAUCACUACCCAGGAGCGUAUGUUAAAAAAUUUGGUUUGGGAAUAUGAAUCUUUUGAGAAAUAUAGAUUGCCUGCUUGUUCCAGAAAAGCUGGUCAUUUGGUGGAAACAUCGUGCACUAUUUUAGAUUUGAAAGGUAUUUCCAUAACUGCAGCUGCUCAAGUAUUAAGUUAUGUCAGAGAAGCUUCUUAUAUUGGUCAAAAUUAUUAUCCUGAACGUAUGGGUAGGUUUUAUUUGAUCAAUGCUCCAUUUGGUUUUAGCGCUGCUUUCAGGUUAUUUAGACCAUUUUUAGAUCCGGUUACUGUUUCUAAGAUUUUCAUUUUAGGUUCCUCUUAUAAAAAAGAUUUAUUAAAGCAAAUUCCUGAAGAAAACUUGCCUGUUAAGUUUGGUGGUAAAUCUGAAGUGAGCGAGAAAGAAGGUGGUUUAUUGUUAAGUGAUAUUGGGCCAUGGAGGGAUCCCAAGUAUAUUGGACCAGAAGGUGAAGCACCAAAAGCUUUUGAGUUGUAG